UAAUUAAAGACUGCGCCUCAUUCGCAUGUGGGGUCAAGGGGCUCUUCUCAGAUCGCUCAGCAGUAAUCCGGCUGAAUCACCAAUAAGAUCAUAGGCUAACUGUCAGUUUCAGGGAGGCCACCAAACAAACUGCCUGUCAACGGUUCAUCAAGUUCUCCUUAGUCCGGUAAAGGACCGGGGAAUUGAUUAGCCUUGCCUAGGUACCAAGAGCUUAACAAACCUUACGUGGCUGCAUCGCCAAAAGUCCAAAGUUGGAAGUCCUGACCCCCCAAUCGCAAAUUCGCCAUCACUUCUUUUUUUUUUUUUUUUUACCGUCGAUUUCGACUUUUCUCACGACAUCGUAGUCCUUGUUCCGCACAAUUACACUCGAUUAUUCUAUUUGAAUAAUUUGCGCCUCCUCCCCGUCAUAUAUCCCGAUUGACAACGGUCGACCGAUCCUCUUUCCAAGAUGAAUGCGCCAGAGCCUGAGCAGACCCCUUUCGAGGCUGUCAGCGUCCAUACCUCGAGGCUUCAGCGAAAAUACCAAGCUUUGCUGGACCAGUCGACCCCUUUCGUCCUCUACCGAUGGGUCGGCACUGUUGUCUGCCUCCUCCUCUUCUUUCUUCGAAUCCUUCUUGCGCAGGGCUGGUAUAUCGUUGCCUAUGCGCUCGGAAUCUAUCUUCUAAACCUGUUCCUGGCAUUCCUGCAGCCCAAGUUCGACCCCUCCAACGAAGAGGCCGACAACGAGAUGGAGGACGGCUCUGUGGGCACCCUUCCCACCAAGCAGGACGAGGAGUUCAAGCCCUUCAUUCGUCGACUUCCUGAGUUCAAGUUCUGGUACUGGGCCACCCGAGCUAUCAUCAUCAGCUUCUUCUGCAGUUGGUUCGAGAUCUUUAACGUGCCAGUUUUCUGGCCCGUUCUGGUCAUGUACUGGUUCAUCCUCUUCUUCCUGACUAUGCGCAAGCAAAUUCAGCACAUGAUCAAGUACCGCUACGUACCCUUUACUGUCGGUAAGAAGAACUACGCCAAGAACAGCUCGUAAACAGACGCGACUUUUGGGGAUACUUUUCUUCAGCACAGCGGCCAUCUCCGCUGAACGAGUGCCCGCGUGCGUUGUAUAAACAUGACGGCCAGCUUUAUCAAGCUGCACAAUAAUGCGAUGCGUGUUCCGACGCGUGUAUUUCAAUUACGAGGGGAAAUUGACUGGUGACAACUCACAUGGGGGUUUGGCGAUAAAGAAAGGAACUGGGUUUGUGUGACACAAACGGACCUUAGCUAUAGACUUGGACGGAUCUGGGGCCAUGACAAACAGAGCAGAUGAACUAUUUAAUGAAAAUGACAAUCAUAUGAAUCAAAAGAAUGACCGAGCUCUUCAGUA